GUAUUUAGGAUGGCAAAAACGACAUUACUUUCCAGUCCACCUAAUAGAACAGUGAUGGGCAAAACCCUAGGUUUCGUUCAACUCUACUAGAACAAGAACGUGAAUACCAAUUUUCUUACAAUAUGUUCUGAAAUUUCUGAAUAUUUUUUUUUUUUUUGUAAUUUAAUUUAUUUAAUGUCGCAUCAGCAUUUAUGCCAUUAGCGACCACUGUGGAUUACAUUUUCUUUACGUUCUAUAAAUUUCAUAUGUGAGUCAUAAAUAAUUUACAUAGAUCAUUACUUAUGCUUAGAUAACAAAUUUCUUACAUCUAAUAAUAAAAAAAUAGUUAAUAAUUUAGUUGUAGUGUCCUGUUUAUAUGUGGCCUAUAUUUCUUCUGCUAAUCGUGUCCUUUGUAAAUAUGAUAAGAUUUUUAGUAUGCAACUCUUGUCGUUUAAACUAUUCUUCAGGGUGUUUGGUUGGCUUCUUGUUUCGCGUAUAUUAUCGUGCAAUGGACAUUCUUCUAUUAUAUGUUUCACUGUGAUUUUUGUAUUGCAGUUUUGUGCAGUAUGGGGGGUUUUCUUUUAUAAUUAGGUGGCUAUGUGUUAGUCUUGUGCGACCUAUUCUUAAUCGGGUUAUUAGAAUUUGUUCUCUUCUUGGCAGAGAAAUAGCAGGAUUUCUUGAAAAUAUAUUUUUUCUUGACUCGCGAAGAUCAGUAUGUUUAGUGAUUAACCACUCUUGGUUCCAUUUUUCUAAGAUUCUUUUUGCUAUAUCAAUCUGUGCAUCUUCUUUUGGUAUUCCAAUAUUACCGAGGUCUAUAUUUAGCGGUCCCUCAGUUUCUUCCAAACAUGAAUUUCUUGGUUUUUUUUGGUGAUAAUUGAUACGCGGUUGUUCGUUUUUUUUAUGUAGUUCAUAUUGCAGUUUUUGAAUUAUUGAGUUCCUGUUGUAGGGACUGCAAAUUUCUUGAAGGAUCUUUUCGUUACCUGUGCUAAUUUGGUAGAGUGUGUUAGUAUUUCUUUCUGAAUUUUGUUCCGUUACUGUCGUAUAAUUCCGAGCAAUACAGACUUCCGGUUUAUCGAGCGAAAGGACCAGAGGAUAGGAUCUACGUUAUCUAUGCGGCAAAUGAUAGAUUCGUUUUCAGAAUCUAUUCCCAAAGUCGUCAACGUAGCACAGUUCCGUUUGCGGUAAAAAGGUAGCUCCAGUCGCGUGUGAGCGCACGUCCCGAGCCUAUUCUCGGUUCGCAUAGCGCGCAGAGUCGCGUCGCAUCAAUUUCGGUGCGUUGGAAACGGAUUCGUCGAAAAAUGGAAGACGGGAGGAGCACAAGUAGCGGCAGCAAGCGGCAGGACGAGGAACAGGAGUGGGGAACCGUACUAGCGCAGUCAGCUGGUCGUGACGUCACGACGAUCGUGUCGUGGAGCCUGGGAUCCCAUGGUGGGAGGCGCCAACAGUGUCACGUGGUCGGGUCUGCGAAGUCACGUGGCGCGCGUGGUUCGCGGACGCAGAAGCCGGUGCUAGGCGGCCGCUGAUUGGCCGGGACCAUUUCACCACCAUGAUGUACGCAUUCCAUCGGCAUGACGGCGGGCUCCAUGAAUGACCGGCACGUCAUUCGUGUAGGAUUUCGUGUUCGACGACGCGUCGUCGUCGCUCGGUAUCGUUCACAGUUUUCUCGUCGGACGAUGUGCCUCGUAUGGUCGCGACUCGUGCAGUGCUCCGCCAAAUGGACAGAACCACAAGUGGAAGAAACUCGAUGUGUCAUCGCGCGAUGACUGUGCUGUUGCUCUCACGGUUUUUUACGUACAUUUCUCCGUUGUGAUAUCUCGUCGCGAUUUCUCUGCCCGUCUCUUCCUCUCGGUACACGGACGAAGUUUUUACGUGGAAGUUUCGAGCUUUCGUCGUCCACAGAUCCCUAUUACGAAAACCUGUGAACCUUUUUUGUACCUUUGUCGAAUUUUCGAGAAUCCUUGGUAACAUCCUGAUUUCUUGCAAGCCUCGUAACGGUGUACCCAAGCUUUCUCACUUUCUCACAUUCUCGAUUCGAAUGGUUAUCGAAAUUGCACAUUCCUAGUGGCAAUCCCCUCUUAAUCUGUCAGCGGUGGAGUCGACUUGAAGUCUGUUGCACUCUGAAGAUAGCGCGUGUCCGCGAUCGGUGGCCGACUCGUGAGUCGCUCUCGCGAUCAAUCGUGUUCGCAGCGACGCGUCUAUGAAAUCUGUGACUAAUUUUCUGCCGGAACGGUCGCGAGAGUGUCUUAUUUUAUCGUCGUGCCGCGUUGUGUCUUGAAUCGUCUGUGUCGAAAAAAAAAAUAAAAUGUGGUGCCUUGUCUUACAACGAAAAAGUGACUUGUGUGCAAUCUUUUUUAUAGUGUCACCUUUGCUAAUGUCACUGCACACGCAAGUACAUUGAACUUGCAAUUUCCCUAGUGUUUUCAUGAGAAUCGAUCCAAAUGACGUUCGAUUAGUACACGUAGAAGUAAACAACGGCUAUACGGUGGAUCCUGUUUUUGUCAUAUUUUCUUUUCUUUUUUUUUUUUUUUUGUUUUGUUUAAAUCGACCAAGUGACACGAUGGGUGAAAUUAUAAACAUAUCACCGAGUGAUGUUCAAAAAAAUGGGGCAAACGGCUGGGGCGACACCACGAGCAAAAUACAGUACUGGUGCCCUGAAGGUCAGCAGGGUCAGCAGGGAGAGCAGGAGCUGGCGACGAAGAUGCUUCAAAUUCAGAGUAAAAGAUUCUAUCUCGAUGUAAAGCAGAACAGACGUGGGAGGUUUAUCAAAGUAGCCGAGAUCGGUGCGGAUGGAAGGAGAAGCCAAAUCUACCUGGCGCUCAGCACAGCGUCCGAGUUUCGAAACUACCUUUCGACGUUUAGCGACUUUUACGCAUCCUUAGGUCCAGCGAGCUCGGAGAACGUGCCGGACGACGGGAAACUGAAGUCGGAAGUGAUGACCAAGGAUAACAGGCGGUAUUACUUGGACCUCAAGGAAAAUACGCGCGGCCGUUUCCUGCGGGUGAGUCACCCUGUGUCGCAGACGAUCACACGAGGAGGGCCCAGGACGCAGAUCGCGAUACCGGCACAGGGUAUGAUCGAAUUCCGUGACGCGUUGACGGACCUCCUCGAAGAAUAUGGCACGGACGAUGGCGGCUUCAAGGGUGACUUGCCGGAGGGACGGUACAUGCGCGUGGAUAGCAAGAAUUUCUAUUUUGAUAUCGGCCAGAAUAACCGUGGUAUCUACAUGAGAAUUUCCGAGGUGAAGACGCAUUUUAGAACAGCAAUCACCGUACCGGAGAAAUCCUGGGCACGUUUCCGCGAUAUAUUUGCAGAUUACUGCGAAAGAAUGAGGGAAAGAGGCGCCGGAAGCAACGUCGGCAUGAACAGCGGCAGCGGAGGAAAUGUCUUGCCCGAGGGGAGGGGCUCUGUGGUGGCACAGGUACCAUCACCAUCGACCUCACAACAGCCUAACCCCAAUCCAAAUUUAGACUCUCCCUUAAUGAAGUGAAAAAGGCUUUAACUUAACUCGAAUAUUGGAAUUAUAACCGUAACUCGUUUUCAAGUCAUUAAGCGAACUAAAGGAACUUGUCAGAGUCUAUGCCAUCGUCAUCGCCAUUUUCAUCGACAUCGUCAUCGUCAUCGUCAUUGUCACCGUCACCAUCACCGUCAUCGUUAUCGCUAUCGUCGCUAUCACCGUCACUCGUCGCCGUCGUCAUCAACUGAAAACACCAAAACUCGCCUGGAAUGGUUAUAUAUUAUCGCAGGGAAUCGCAAUCGUCGGUCGGCGAUCGUUGAUCGCAGAUUCGCGAUCGCGCUGAUUCCGUUGACGAAACUCGCGAUUCGAUCAACGUCGUCGACCGAUUCAUGAUAAUCGGCGUAUGUCGAGGGGUGAAACGAUGAAGUACAGCGGAAGGAGGAUAGAUGAUGAUGCGUGCGUGUGCAUAAUCGCGUGCGCACGCAUGCGGGUGCGUGCAUGCAUGCGCGCGCGCGUGUAUGUGUGUCUGUGUCUGUGUGAGUGUGCGAAAAAGAAACGAGUUUGCCGCUCGUGCGAUUAACACAGAGAAUAGAAAAAUAACGAAACGACGGAGGAUAUAAGAAUUAUAUCGCGACGUCGUCCUUAGGUGGAUACGAGUUGCCAUCGAUAUUAACGUUAUGAGAGCUACCGUUCAUUUCCUGGCUAUGUUUCCUCUCCUACGCCCCCUCUCUCCACGCAUUCGUUCGAUUCCUUUACGUUUUCGCUUGUUAAAGAAAUCUCUAAUCCGCGUCACCGCACGUUCGUUCGACGAGAAAAUUGUAAAAGAAAAAUUAACUCUUAGCGGGAAAUGGACCGUAGUGGAGAUCACGUUACAAUUGAAUUUGAUCGUUCAGAAUUUAUGAAUAAAUGAAUUGUUAUAUUAACGAUUAUAUCGCAGGGAGAAAGGAGAGCGUGGUGUGGGUAGUCGCGUUAGGCAAAGGUUAAGCGUGAAAAGCGGUAUCACGUUGCGCGGACCUAAUCGAGAAUAUGCUAGCGCGCGUUCGCGACUUGGAAAUAUAUCGAAUACUCACGAGUGCUACUAGAACGUACCGGAGAGCUUGAUGGAAUGCUUCUAGAUAGAAUUCGAAUUUGACGGAUCGGUGAUUUUCGAGAAAGGUUAGGAUUUUACGAAUUAACAGUUAACGAGAAAUUUACCAUCAAAGGAUUUCUACUCGUGUGAAUCAGACCUGGACAAAUUUGAUUUUGAAAUAAGACACACGAAUAGCAUUUGGAAUCUUCGUAGCUUGCAGUACCUUGGCGUACCCCGACCCUGGAAUCCAUUUUUCUUUCUCUCGGGCGCGCGCGUAACUUCUCGUCGAGAGUCAAAUUGCACAGGGCAAAAAGCAUAGUGCUUACACGCUCGCCGCGCGACAACGUUGGAUCACAAUUUAGAACCGCGACGUCGCACACACUCGUUUACGAACCGAACGACGUCUCUCUUAAAGUAAUUAUGAAAUAAUAUAUAACAUAGGCGAAGAAAGAAAUGAAAAAAAAAAUUGACGCUAGGCAAAUACGAAUCCCUAUAAUAUGUAUAUUAUACAAAGUUAAUUAUGUUAUGUUUUGUUUCAUCGAUUCAUACGAGAAAUGCGCAUCCAGACACGAACGCAUGGUGUCUGGGUAUAGAGACGCCAGAACAGAAUGCAAUACACGAGUCAUAUAUAUAUAUGUACACACACACAAAGUCGAUACAUUGGACACAUACAUACUCACACGUUGGUAUAUUAGAUACACACACGCAUGCACUGAGAAAAACAUACCGAUACACGGAAAACACGGGGAAUUGAACAAUCUCACACAUACGCGCCCACACGCACACACACACACACACACACACACACAGCAAACACGAAAUAUUCCAUCAUGAAAGAUGAACGGUACAAGAGACGGUGUGCACGCGUACGUAAUUACGUUACGUUUGAGUGACGGCCGAGUUCUAACACAAUUGCAUAUUAGGUAUGUAUUAUACGAAUGCAUAUUAGGUAUUUAUAUAGAAUCUAUAUAACUGUAUAAUUGUAACGAAAUGCCAAUGUCCACGGACCCAGGCAACUGUACCACCCGGCAACGCCGUGUAUCAUUCGAAUUGAGGGGGGGUGCGUGUUGAGGGCCCGCAGCCGCCUAGGUCCGAGUCUCUGGACGCAGGAAGAAAGAUAACGAGACAAAACGAAUAGAGGAAGGAAAAGGCAAAUAAUAUUUCAAAACGAACGACCGAGUCGGAGGAGAAUUAACUGCAGUCAGGUUAUUUCUCAGUGGAAAAGGAAAAUCUUAAUACGCUUUGAUUCUGCAACGCUGUGCUAAUAUCAACAAUGAUAAAAGAAAAGAAAAGAUAAAAAAAAAAAUAAGAAAUGAUGAAAGAAUAUCUAUCCGUUCUCUUGCGUUUCUUCAAAUCGAAACGAUAUUAAACCGAAACUAAUUAAUCGCGCGUUCGCACUGGUGCGAAACGUUAAUCGUGCAUCGGAACGGCAUAGAUGCGUUAAACGCAUAAAGUGCUAUUUAAUUAAAAUGACGCGUCCCGGUUCGUGCGUUAUCGGGCGCGUCUAACGUUUGAAGAGAUGAUUAAAAAAAAAAAAUUUUAUUUAUUUUUUAGCAAUGAACCUAUUAUCUAUUUCGAUAAGAUAUUUCUUUGAUUGCAUUUCCUUCUAAAUCGACAAUUUCGGCUGGUCUGAAUUUACUUAGCACGUAGGAUUUUUGAUGAUAUAAUGAAAUAUAAAUCACAAUUAACAAAUUUCGAGAUACGCACGAGUGGGUGAACUGUCGAAAGGACGAAGAUCCCCGAUCCUCUUCAAUUUAAGAAUAGUUUGAACUCAAUGUGAUGAUUUCUUUCUUCUCGUUGUAUUAUUAUUAUUAUACUAUUAAUUAUUAUUAUUACUAUUAUUAAUAUUAUUAUAAAUGUUGUCGUUAUUUUUAACGCACCGGACGAUUACGUCGACAUAAUAUCGAACGUUAGAAUGAAAUAGUUUUGCACGGUACAGCGAACCUCGGAUCUAUCGUUUGCACGUUCGUCUUUUUUACGAUCGUUUUACUUGUUUGUUCUCUCUCUCUCUCUCUCUCUCUCUCUCUCUCUCUCUCUCUUCAUUUCUUUUUUUUGUACGCAACUUGUCAAACUUUGUUGAGUUCAAGGGGGUCGGUGUAAAGCCCGCGAUCUGUGCACAAGCACAUUGUCCAAAAACCGAGCGUUCUGAUGGAAACGGCAAAGAAAAGGCAUAGAGGAAUAAAAAAAAAAAAAACUCGUUCACUGGCGCAGAUGGUAUGACAUUGUGAUCUAUACAAAUUACAAAUUACAAAGCAUCAACAAGUAGUAGAUAUUUAAGAUAUAAAUACACACGUACACCUACGGUGACCUAGACACAAUUCGUCUAACUAUGUUCGCGAUCGCGUGUAUAGAUAUUAUACACACAUUACACGAGACAAAGAAACACACGUUAUUAAAAAGUGAGGACGACUACAACGUACCUAACUAAAUAAAACAAACAAACGAUUAAAAUAAAAAAAACAGAAAAACAAAGGAACACAGAGAGACAGAUUAUAAGCGAGGGAGUAAAACAAAAAAAAAUAAAUAAAAAAUAAAAAAUCGUCUGACACGUAAGAAGUAAGCAAAGUAAUAUAAAAGUAAAAAAAAAUGAUGAAUGAAAGAUGAAAACACGACGCUCCUGCCACGCAGCGAGUCCUUAGACAGCUUUAAGAUAAUAAUUAUAAAUGAUAAAUAAUAAUUAUUAUUAAAUAAUAACGAUAAACUUUCUAUAUGUUGAAUCGUGUCUAGUGAGAGAAGUACUAUUGAAGUAAAACCAACAACAAACAAACAAAAAAAAAAUUUACUAUCGCCACACACAUGGAUUAAACACAGUUUAUAUCGACCAUUAGUUGUCUAUCGAAUGUUCUUCUUUUUUUUUUCUUUUUUUUUUCAUAUAGCGGAGAAGGUGAUUGUUAGAGAAUAGCUUUGGUGUUUCGUUUGCUGUUUUACAAAACGUUGUAACGGUUGGCGGUCGGCGAACCUUUUUGCUAGAAUGUUGAUGUGAAAAAAAAAAGUAACAAGGGGGUAGCCGAAAGUCCACGCCUACGAUUUAUAUUUGGUGGGGCUUUGUCCACUGCUGUUAUCAUUAUCACUGCUAUUAUCACGUAGGGUUUCCAUACCAUGGCCGCGUUUUCGCAAGCUGUACGCGUAGAACCAAUGAUGUCCUGUUACUAAUUAUACGAUAAUUGGUCUCCCCGCGGGAGAGCGAGAGCGAGAGCGAGAGAGAGUGAGAGAGAACGAGAGCGUAUGCAUGUUUACCUUUCAUUAAUUCUACACUUCUUGUUAGUGUAGCGCUCGUCUAUGGCGGUACGUUAGAUUAAUUGUAAACCUAAUCGCGCCAAACUUUUAACUCGCAUUAUAAGCUGUUUUUGCUCGCGGCUUGCGACAGGAGAUUAUAAACGCCAUCGGUAUGAAAACCCUGCGCUCGCUGCGAUUAUUCUUAUUAUCAUUAUUAUUAUUACGAUUAUAUUGUCAUUAUACUUAUUAUUACGAUUA